AAAAGAAAAAGAAGCAAAGGUUAGAUCUAUAAACAAAACACAACUCUCAAGCUUCAAAGGCCUUCGUUAAUGGAGAUCGAUGCAGCUCCCAUUAGCCGUUGCUCCAAAGCUCACGAGAAGAUCUAUCAGGAAUGGUUCUCCUUUGCUGAUUCAGAUGGAGAUGGACGCAUCACCGGAGGCGAUGCUACGAAAUUUUUCGCCCUGUCGAACCUGUCCCGCCAGGAACUAAAGCAGGUCUGGGCAAUUGCAGAUUCCAAACGACAAGGCUAUCUUGGUUUUAAAGAGUUUGUUAUUGGAAUGCAGUUAGUGUCUUUGGCCCAAGCUGGCAAUGCAAUAACAGUUGAUCUUUUAGAUGCCAAAGUUGACUUUGAAAAUUUGGAGCCACCUAGGAUGGAAGGUUUGGAUGCACAAUUGGCAGCAAAGAAAAAGUAUACUUCAAAAAAUGAACCUGAGCAGAAUGGCAGCCCUCCGAGGCAAUCCUCUCCAGCAGCUAGUUGGUUUCAGUCAUCAAAAUCUGCAAAGAAGGUCUCUCUAAGCUCUGUGACUUCAAUCGUUGAUGGACUGAAAAAGCUAUACAUCCAGAAUCUGAAACCACUAGAAGUUACAUAUCGCUUUAAUGAUUUUGUCUCUCCCUUAUUGACAAACAGCGACUUUGAUGCCAAGCCCAUGGUGAUGCUUUUGGGUCAAUACUCUACUGGGAAGACAACUUUUAUUAAACAUUUGCUUAGAAGAAGUUAUCCAGGAGCUCACAUUGGGCCAGAGCCUACGACAGACAGAUUUGUUGUCGUAAUGAAUGGACCUGAUGAAAGGAGUAUUCCGGGGAACACAGUUGCUGUUCAAGCAGACAUGCCAUUCAGUGGUCUGACAACUUUUGGAACAGCAUUUUUGUCGAAAUUUGAAUGUUCUCAAAUGCCUCACCCUCUGUUGGAACAUUUUACAAUUGUUGAUACUCCUGGAGUUUUAUCUGGAGAGAAGCAACGAACACAAAGAAGCUAUGACUUUACUGGUGUGACAUCUUGGUUUGCUGCCAAAUGUGAUCUCAUUCUGCUGUUGUUUGAUCCUCACAAACUUGACAUCAGUGAUGAAUUUAAACGCGUAAUUUCAUCUCUUCGAGGUCAUGAUGAUAAGAUAAGGGUUGUUCUGAACAAGGCCGAUCAAGUUGAUACUCAACAACUUAUGCGGGUUUAUGGGGCAUUGAUGUGGUCCUUGGGGAAAGUACUAAAUACUCCAGAGGUUAUGCGUGUUUACAUCGGGUCGUUUAACGACAAACCCAUAAAUGAGACUGCUACUGGUCCACUUGGGAAAGAGCUUUUUGAAAAGGAACAAGAUGACUUACUGAGUGACUUGAAAGAUAUACCAAAGAAGGCUUGUGAUCGUCGUAUAAAUGAAUUUGUGAAGCGUGCUAGAGCUGCCAAGAUUCACGCCUUUAUCAUUAGUCACUUAAGGAAGGAGAUGCCUGCAAUGAUGGGCAAAGCUAAGACUCAACAGAGGCUUAUUGAUAACUUGGCUGAUGAAUUCGCUAAGGUUCAAAGGGAGCAUCAUCUGCCGGCAGGGGAUUUCCCAAGUGUUGAACACUUCAGGGAAAUCUUGAGUGGCUACAGCAUUGACAAGUUUGAAAAGUUGAAGCCUAAAAUGGUGCAAGCUGUAGAUGACAUGCUUGGAUACGACAUCCCAGACCUCCUCAAGAAUUUCAGGAAUCCUUAUGACUAGCUCACCCCAUCAUGUUGUAUAUUGAAUUGUAUUCUAAUAGUUGAACUUCAGGGAACUCAAACUAUUUAUAUGGCUUUGAACACCAACAUUUUACCCCCUUUUUCUUAGGACAUAAAAAGAGCUUUGGAUGGCUUGA